AUGCCGAAGAAGAAGGUGGGAUUCCUGGCCGGCAUGGAGCGUGGUCGACUGGCCAGGACAAUUUCGCGCGCAGCAUGGCGUCCGUCCCAUAGCAUUGAAGGCAGCACAUGUAACAAUGCGCUCGUGUUUAUACGGCAGAAGUCACGCGAGGAGGUCUUAGUUCAGUCCGAAGGCGCCAUCGCCUGUCUGGUUACAGCGGCAGACUACCCGAUAAACGAUCCCUCUGAUUCCAGUCGGGCAGGCGUCCCGCCUAGGCUAGCCAUCAUACAGUCAGCAUGCAAAGGGGAGCUUCUCGUCAAGUACGGCUCCGCCAUUAAGGAUAUUGCACGUAAAAGGAUCAAGACCAGAUUUCGGAAUGUUAAUAUCAAAAACUACAUGUUUUUUCAAGAAGAAGAAUUCUACCACGGAAUCGCGCACUCUGCGUCGAGGCACAAGCCGUGCUCUUGGUCUUGCUCGUCAUUCAAGAGCCAAACCAUCGGCGCAGCCCCUAGCCGGUCGGCUUCGCAGUCGACCGUCUGGCAAGCGGUGAUCAUGAGGCGGCCGCUAGUCGCGUUCAUGGGGAUCUCCUGCACACGCAAGAAAUGGCUCCAUUUGUUGCGCCCGGGCGACAUCAUCCAGAUCAUCCCGAAAGCCAACUCCCUGGGUUGGGUCAACAUCGUCCGGGAAGCCAGCAUCGAGAUCGAAUACCAGCCCCUCCGUUACGAGAACCAGCAGAUCCGCCUCCUCGUCGUGAAGCCCGGCGCGCCCGGAGACGCCAUUCACGCUCGCUUUGAGCACACAAGCUUGGACGGAGCCGCCGAGGACGCGGCGGAUUUUCACGCCCUUUCGUACUGCCGGGACAACUCAGCAGAGAGUGCGAAUAUCGUCUUGGAGACUGGUGCUGAGCUUGGAAGCGAGAACACUAGCGAAGCGCCCUUUAGCGUUUCCGGCGCGCACGACCUCGAGGAGAGGGCUCAACAAGUCGGCAUCAUGGGACACAUAUUCUCCCGCGCAGCAACCGUGCACGUCUGGCUCGACGAGGACGAGACUUCGGGCGUCGAAGUGGCGCUCCCAAUCGUGCGAGACAUAUUCAACUUCGACCAGCGCCUCUGCUCCGGCGGGGAGUGCCGGUGUGCCGGUUCGAAGCACACUCUUCAGGUCGAGCACCUCGAGACUGCGAACCGCGGACUGGACUGGAUAUCCUUCGGUUCCAUGUGGGAGAUCUUCAAUCGACACGCAUCUGGCUUCAGCUCUUUGGCAGUGCAGGCUGCGGGCGGGGAAGGACACGCGCACCUGUCGUAUCUCAUGCAGAGCCUCUUCCAGCACCCCUGGUUCCAGCGCGUGUGGGAGACCAUCGAGUGGCCGGAGCUGCUCAUGGUCAACCGGCUGCUCGACAUGCCUCAGUACAAGAGCCAGGCGCCAAACCUUCGAGGCCAGCUGACCAUGCCCGCCAUAUGGACCACGCUAGCAGACGCCGGCAAGGUAAGGCAGGAACGCAUCCGAGCGGACCACGGCAGGCCAGCCGCCGAGACGGCAGAGGGCGAUCGACAGGAGCGGCAGACCAUCUUGGACGUGUUCCUCGCGGCGCUGGAUCUCAAGGCCACCGACCCCAGGGACAAACUCUUCGCGCUUCUUACCUUUGGCCGGGAGACCUGCGUUGCCAGCGCGAUACCGGCGGCCCUGCGGCCAGACUACGGCAAGCCCGCGAUUAACGUGGCUGCCGACUUCACGAGAUGGUGGAUCCGAGAGUACCGCUCCCUCGACAUCUUGUCCUAUGUUCACUGCACGCCGGCCAGGGCGUGGCAACGGACCCUCUGCGACGACAGCCCGCCCGCGGAGACGGCGGUUCCCCGAGCCGUACCCUCCUACUGUGCAACCCACCGGUAG